AUAUCAAAAAGAAUUUAUCUCAAGGCGCACAGUGUGACUCAAAUACGCAUUUUGGCAAAAGCUACAAAGAAAUUGAUUGUCCAUGCUGAAAGACCUCUCACAGACAACCACAGGUCUCUGGCUUCUUACGGCUUGAAAGAUGGAGAUGUCGUGAUUUUACGACAGAAGGAGAAUGUGGACCCUCGACCUUCACAGUUUCCAAACUUACCCCGAAUAGACUUCCGCAGUAUAUCUGUGCCUGGCACCUCGAGUUCCCGGCAGCGGCAGCCACCCGGAGCACAGCAGUCCCACUCAUCUCCCGGAGAACUAGCUUUAUCUCCGCAGGGCUUGGACAAUCCAGCCUUGCUCCGAGACAUGUUGCUGGCCAACCCCCAUGAGCUGUCCUUGCUGAAGGAACGCAACCCGCCCCUGGCAGAUGCUCUGCUCAGUGGAGAUCUCGAGAAAUUUACUAGGGUCCUGGUGGAGCAGCAGCAGGACCGAGCCCGGAGAGAGCAAGAAAGGAUUCGUCUCUUUUCUGCUGACCCUUUUGAUCUUGAAGCUCAGGCAAAAAUAGAAGAAGAUAUAAGGCAACAGAACAUUGAGGAAAACAUGACCAUAGCUAUGGAGGAGGCUCCGGAAAGUUUUGGCCAAGUAGUGAUGCUUUAUAUUAACUGCAAAGUGAAUGGACAUCCUGUGAAAGCCUUUGUUGACUCAGGUGCCCAGAUGACUAUUAUGAGUCAAGCUUGUGCGGAAAGGUGUAACAUAAUGAGGCUGGUGGAUCGUCGGUGGGCAGGGAUCGCCAAAGGAGUGGGCACCCAGAAGAUUAUUGGAAGGGUGCACCUAGCUCAGGUGCAGAUCGAGGGAGAUUUCCUGGCGUGCUCCUUCUCGAUACUUGAGGAGCAGCCCAUGGACAUGCUUCUGGGCCUGGACAUGCUGAAACGACAUCAGUGUUCCAUUGACCUCAAGAAAAAUGUACUCGUGAUCGGCACCACAGGCUCACAGACCACCUUCCUCCCCGAGGCAGAGCUACCAGAGUGUGCCCGGUUGGCAUAUGGGGCCGGGCGGGAGGAGGUGCUCCGGCCGGAGGAGAUUGCAGACCGAGAAUUAGCAGAAGCCCUUCAGAAAUCUGUACAGGAUGCAGAGAAAAGUGGUGAAGAAACUACCUCACUGGGAAUGUCAUCGUUACCAACUUCAGAUGGAUUUAACCAUCCGGCCCGUCCUUCAGGACAGAGUCCUGAGAUUGGUAAUCCUGCGGGUCUCGCUCACUCUGUCUCUGCUUCAGUCUGCCCCAUCAAGCCCAGUGACCCAGACAGCAUCGCACCGAACGCUGUGAAGGCCUCAAAGGCUACCACUGAAUUCCAGAUUCCCUCUGAAAAGAAAGAGCCUCUUCCUCUGCAGGAUCUCUCUGGUCCUGCUUCUCCAGCAGACUGGAGUUUGGCUGUGCCCUGGCAGAAUUCACCCGAGGAAGCCACUGUUGCAGAUAAUCUGGAGCCGUCUCCUGCUGAAAGAAGCACCCAGAGCCUCAACUCUCCCCUCCACCCAACACAGGAAGUGUCUGUCACAGCGACUAGGAUGCAAGAACCACAGAGGUUUCUAGGUGAAAAGGGUUGGCAUCCAGAAUGUCAGACUCUGAGUCAGGUGAAUGGCCUUCAGCAGCAGGAGGAACCAGAGAAUGGACAGCAUGAGGUUGAGCAACAGAAUGUGCCACAUGACCAAGAACAUCUUUGUAACAAGGGGGACCUUGAGCUUCUUGGAGAAAGGCACCAGAAUCAACCAAAAAGUGUGGAUGUGGAAGCUGCAAUGAAAGGAGACCGGCUGCAGCAGAAUAUGGACCUCCCAGGUGCACAGAGCAGGCUACCCUCAGGGUGCUCUGACUGCUCCAGUUCAGAAACACUUAUGGAAGUAGAUGUAGUUGAACAGCCCCUACCGGCAGGCGGCCAGAAUGCCAAUGUCGAGAGUGUCAGUGCAUCUGAUCUCACCUUAGAUAAUCCCUUGAUGGAAGUGGAAACAUCAAAAUGCAACCCUUCAUCUGAAAUCUUGAGUAGUUCCAUUUCCUCUCAGAAUUUACAGCUCCCAGAAAGUAAUGUGGAAAUGUCUGGAACAAAUGCAGACACUGGGAAUUGCUCCCCCGCUGUAAGUCUCUGUGGCAGUUGUCAGCCCUCUGUGGAGUCAGUAGAGGAAUCUUGCUCCUCCAUCACAGCAGCCUUGAAGGAACUUCAAGGACUUCUGGUCACUAGUAGUAAACCAGCUUCAGAAAUUCCAUCUGAAGAAGUUAUCUGUCAAUCAGAAACCGUAACUGAGGGCCAAACAAAUCUGGGGGUCCUUUCUGAAAGAUGGAUCCUGAGUGAACAGUGUUCACAGGUCUCCUUUCAUCAGGCCACAUCUGUUUCAGUAAAGACAGAAAAAUUAGUAGACACUUCAGCUGGCACUGGAAUGGAAGAUACAGAAGAUGUUAACUUCAGGGGUCCAGCUGAUGGCCUAGUAACUGACUCGGAAGGUGUCCCCCGGUCAACAGAAUCACUAAAUGAGAGUUCUGUCAUUCUAGCCUCAGCUAAAACGUCUAAUCAAUUACACUGCACCUUAGGUGUAGAAAUUUCACCAAAACUUCUCGCAGGUGAGGAGGAUGCACUCAAUCAGACUUCGGAGCAAACUAAGUCCUUGUCAUCAGAUAUCAUAUUGGUUAAAGAUUUGGGUCAGGACACACAGAAUCCAGUGACAGAUGGGCCUGAGACCAGAGAAGAUGUCUGUCCUGAAGCUGCAGGGCCACUUGUUGAAUUUGAGCCACCUACCAGCUACCCAUCAUCAGGCCCCUCCAUCCUCCCACCAUUACUUUUUCCUACUGCAGACAUUGACCGGAUUCUCCAUGCCGGCUUUACUUUGCAGGAAGCUCUUGGGGCUUUGCAACAAGUUGGUGGAAAUGCAGACCUUGCACUUCUUAUUUUGCUAGCAAAGAACAUUGUAGUUCCUACAUAACCAUGGAAAAGUGGGCUAGAACAUACUCCAUUCCCUUGAAAAAAAAAAAGCUAUUAUACACACAUACACACACUCACCACAUAUACAGUAUAUGUACUAGUAGAAACCUGCAAGCAGAAUGUUGAGCCAGAUUUUUUUAAAGAUUUUUUUUCAGCCAAAGUAAUUUAUGAUCUCUUGUCUGAUGAAUUUGUCUAUUAGUUAAAAUUUGGGCCUUUUUAAAUGUAAUGGCAGUAUAUGUAUACAAAAGCUUUUUAUUCUCAUUAAGAUGAUGUAUUCUGGAAUAAAAUUGAUGGCUUUGUGUUUAGCAUACCAUUUUAGAAUGAGAGUGAGUCUUUGAGAAGCAGAAGCCCUGAGAAAUCCCACCACCCAUGCAGCUAAGAGCAGCUCAAGUUCACACUUUGGCUGUGUCUAUACCACAGGCAAGGUAUGGCUUGUUGGUUCCAUUGUCAAUUUACAAACUUUUGAUCACAUAGUUUGGGUGUUCGGAAUUCUACCCAGUGCUCUGUGUAUUAUGACUCAUCAGUUGUAACAGGAAAAUUGAAGAAUAAUUGAAUAAUAUUGCCUGGCGUGGUUUGUGGUUAGGAUUUGACAUUUUAAAAGGAUGAAUCAGGAGGGUUUAAAAGUAGAAUUACUUUGUACAUCAUAGGCUGCUGCAUGGAUUGCCACCUUGGAUGGGGUAUUAUAGGGGAAUUGACAUUAGAGUGAAACAUGGUGCUACCCAGAUUAAAAAAACAAACAAACCUGGAAUUCCAUUUGCAAAUGUCUUGGUGAUGUUUCAAGAACUGUGAGUGAAAAAUAGUGACCUAAACACUGGAAUUUACUCGCGUGGGUUUGCUAGCAUUUCACUGAUCACACUUCAACCCUCAAUGACAAAUGAUGAUCUUAAGUCCAGUUAAUGGGCUGAUUGUCAGCAUUGUAUUUCCUUUCUAAAUCCAUCUUCUGGGAAGUUCUACUAAAGCUCAGUUUGAGCUGUGAUCUGAGUGAACUAGUGAAGUGUGAACCGUGCCACUGGUUUGUCAUGGUGCUUGGAAGGUCCGUCUGUGGGAGUGUGCUUCAUGGCAAUAGAAAUAAAUAGUAAUGGCAGUUUCUGACUCAAGUGGCCUUUUACUAGAUGGUUGGUAGUGUAUUCCAUCCCCUUCUUUUCUCAGGAGUUUCUUUUAUUAAACAAGAUUCAUCACAUUUGUGUUUACCAUGUCAAGUCAGAGUGGGGCAUAGUGUAUAGAGGUAUUUAUUGUGGCCUUUUACUAGAUGAGGACUAGCCCUUGGAAAUCACUGUCCUGUGGGCCCCACUGUGCAAUAAUGCUACUGGAAAGACAUCUGCUCUUUUCUAUACCUAGAAGGAAUCUGAAAUCUUGUUUUAAUUGAAAAGGAUUUUGAGCAUGAUAAUUCCCAAUUCCGGUUACACUUUGCAACGUGUUUGAAACAACCUUUGAAAUGGUGAUUUGUGAACUUAGUGUUAAGUGAUUUUGUCUAAAGUCUGACUCUCUUUAAAAGCUUAUUCUUUACAUCAAAAUUCAAGUCAUUUUAGCACAAUCAAAAUGGAGGCUCAUAUCUCAGGAGUUUUUGAAAUUUUAAUUUGGGGCUACUUCAUGCAUUUCUCUUGUACCCUGUUCCAUCUUCUCUUGGCUGUGCUGUUUGUGUGUGUGUUAGGAGACUUUAGUAACGUGAUGGAACAUCACCUAGAUCCGUCACGAUCCUCUGAAGUCAGGAUUGUGACAAGUUGUAGUUAACUGUUUUCAAGAGGGCGCUCAAAACAACAGGCUAGCCAGAUUGUCUUCAAAAUGUCCUUUCAGACAAUCAUGCUGCAGACCCUCUUGCCGGCCCUACACCAAAGAUGUACGAUGCACUAGGAAACUGCUUGUAGGGUUUCUGUCCGCCACCUCCGAGAGCUGUGACUGUAAUGAAGUAGUUAGUGCUGUGAUUGGGGCAAAAUCGGUGGCUGUGCAAAGGGUUCCUUAUAUUUGCUUUGUGGGUUUAUAAAUCUUUAGGGCCACAGAGUGGUGGGUGGGGUGGAACUUAGCAAUGACAAGAAGGCCUAUGUGAAGAUGGGCCUCACACUGUUCUGUGAGCAGGUGGCAUGCACCGCUCAGAGGCCUGGCCACUGUCUUUUCACAGUGUGGGGGCUGGGGGAUCAGUCCCAAAGAUGGAAUAUGGAAGAUUAGUCCGGAAAAGGUUUCAUUGCAAUAGCCUUUAAGUGUAUGUGUAUUUAUGAUUAGGCCUGUAGGUGUCCAUGUAUUCUUGCUAGGAAUACUUUGAAUGAAUUUAACCCAAAUAUCCUUGUCCUUUUCCAUCAUUUAUUUUCCAAUGUAUAAUUGCUUUUUAUUUUUAAGAUCUUAUUUCCUGUCCAUCAUUUUUUAUGCAAGUUAGGUUGUUGAUAUUGUGAGGGUUUUGAGUCAUUUGUAAGUUCAGAAGUUCUAGAGUGCGACACUAGUGAACCUUCACUGGCAGUUUUUAUUCCAAGUGCAGAAAUUAGAGAUUAACUUCUCUAGGAAUCAAAUAAAAUCAUUGUGAAACUCCUUUGGUUGCCAGCAGAACUGGUAAGUGCCAGCCCGACCAGUAAUGGGCCCCUUUACUAGGCGGCUCCUUCACCAUUACCAGUCGUGGACAGUGGUCUGAUUAGUGCUCACCUCCAGGGCUGGUCUGUUUGUUCACCAGAGAGGAGAAGAUUUUUAUGUAUAACUUCCGCAUUUCUCCUGAAGCUGGUUCCUGUGUGUAAAAAUGUGUUUGGUAACCAGACACCUAUAUCUACGUUACAGAUUUUGCCCAUUGAAGGUGAUAGGAAUUAUUUCCACUUGUACCUGGUUAGGCCCCCAGACGUCAGCCAGUAGCCUUCAUCCCAGAGUUUGGGCUUUAGCCAUAAGCAUAAAGAUUACCAAUUGCUUGGCGAAGGGAACUGGAUAGAUGGUGAGUGUGUGUUAAGACUAUUUUGCCUUGCAGCCUACCCCACGUGUUUCUCCUUAAAAUACUUACCCAGCAAGAGGGUUGCAUAAAAUGGAAAGAUACAUGAGGCUUCAUGUCACUGAUUUUAUUAGAACCAUUUCCAGUGGAAUCUGCCUGUUCUUAGCACUUCUGUCUCUAGUAAAAGCCAUACAAAUGUUGGUUUAACUGCCAGCUCUAGUGUAUAUAUAUACAUGUGUGCUUGACAAAUAUCCUACAGUUAACUUUACAUAGAUUAAAAAGCAAACAGUUUUCAUAUCUACAGAUAUAUUCUUCACUUGUGGCUUUUACCCCCCUCUGUAUAUACAAACAGCCUUACAACUAAGUGGCCAGGAAUUGCAGUGCUUUUUGAUUUCUUGUCUUACCUGUUUGACACCUGCCCUGAGGGUAAACAGGAUACUUGAACUGUUAAAUAUUCCAAAGUUGUUAUCACUGGUAACAUAAUAAGAGAAGCUGAUUGGAUGAUGCCUUCUGCCAUUCUCUAGCACAGAUUCCAGAAAGCCACAUUUCUCCUUUGAAUUUGGUGACUUCGUGUACUCUGUGGCUUCACUAGAAAAAAGUUUCCCAUUCCCAUCCUAGAAGAUGACUGUUUCCUUUCGUGUUAGGAGUUCCAUAAAGUAAAAUAGCUUUUCCUCUGAAAGAAUUUAAAGUGCCAGUUCCUCUUAACAAAAUAGAUUCAGAACAUGUCCUUGAGAACGGGAAAUGUAAAACCAUGGCUCAAGUUCUGUUCCUCAGUGGGCCCUCAGUAGGUGUCACUAGGAGUUCAUUGCAUAAACUAAAGAACUUCAGGUGAACCUUCUCUUGUGCCUUGGUUUUUCCAAAUAGCAGAGGCAUCUACUUUUGGUGGGAAAUGAAAAGUAUGAGGGCUCCAUUGAAAGUGGCCCUCCUGAAGAUAGGGGGCACACAUGGGCCGGCCUUGAGGCUCACCUUUAGUGUUGAUUCAGAAUGGUCCUGCACCAAGUCAUUUGGUAGAACUAAUUGAAGAGAGAAGGUAUUCAGAAAUCGGUUUAUGCUGGGGGGGUGUAGGAGGGUAGAAGUACAAGUAAAUGGAAGAUGACCCUUGCAUGCAGGGUAGAGACAUGAUGGAGAUAUGGGUGUGCUGUAGCAUCCUCCCCGGUUCCCCCGAGCGUGGCUGCCCAGAACACUGACCAUCAGGGCCAACAGGACUUAGAGGGUGCUGCCAGUCUUGCUGUUCUACAGCAGCUGAGUGCAAUAGGUGAAAAUGGGGACCUAGAGCAGGACAUGCAGCAAGCAAGGGUGUGGGACCGGUGAUGGGCAGCAUUUAUAAGAGGAUUCAAGGCUCUAGCAAACCUUUCUAUGGGACAGUUCCAUCAAAAGGACAGUCUUAAACUCAUUAUUUAAAUGUCAUCACGUAUGUUGUGAUCCUGCGGCAUACAGGGAGGAUUUCUGGACUUUUACUAGUGAUUGGGUUUCAGUGAGUUAUGUAUUGGUGAUUGGUAACCUAAACCCUCUGGGGGCUCCAAGGUGAGAGGCUAUAGCUGAUACGUUUUAGGACACAAUCUUAUAGAAUGAAAUCUGCAGAGAAUGGUUCAAGAGUAUAGAAGUUAGAAAAUAUUUUUUGCCUAAAACUAAGCAAACUACAAAAGACCUGGAAUGGAGGCGUAGAAUACAAAAUUAGGAUAAUGCUUACAGAAAUAUAUCCCUUUAAAUAUGUACCAUAUGGUUUUCAUUAGCUGACUUGAAGGGGCAUGCUGGGUUUUCCCUGGGAAAUACAUGUCUGAUGGGAAAUGAUGCUGUUUACCAGGAGUUUGUUUUACUCACAACCUUGAAUGAAUGCAUCUGUGGCUUAACGAAAGGCAGACCCUUACUAGUUUCCUACUGGAGGCAGCAGUUGGGUUUAUUUCUAAAUCCCUCUGGUCUGAGGUUACCUGAUGCUGACCAGACUUUUUCCUUCCCUGAAGGCUCCACAGCUGAGUUAAUGCCACCCAUCUGUGACCUUGCCCUCUGCGUGAUUAUAUUUCCAUUCUCUGUUCUUUUGUCAUUCUUUUGAGAUAGUUCUGGUGAUAAACUCAGAGCAAUUCAGCAUAGUAAUUGCAUUUGCUUUUUUCACUGUGCACCUCUGGUGGAAGUUAAUUUCCUCAUUUUAAUUCUAAAUCUCAUCUUCAUGGCAAGUUGGGCCAAUGGCCUUUGCACUCAAGGUUUGUUUACCAGUUGUGUAGCCAUAUUUGGCAAAUCUGAGCAAGUAGACAUGGCUCUUUUCCCCCUUAUUUGUUCUUGAUAUUGCUCAUGCUUUCCUGACUUUGCUUUACACUUUGAGACUACUGCAUCUUAGAAGAACUGGGCUGAUUGGCAAAAUAGGCUUGCCAAUAGCUCAGUCUCUCCCAGAAUGCUUUGGUUUUGAGAGUUGGGAAACUGAGAACUUAAGGGAACCACACUCAGGAAUCCCAAAGUUGGUUGCGUUGUGCCAUUGGUUUAGGGGCUGGACAUAGGACCAGUCUGUAGCUGAGUGAAUUAGAUGCAUUUGGGUUUGAGUUUGUGUCACGUAAUGAAAUGUAAGUCAGCCCUAAAUAAUCAAAACACUUUCUUUUCUUUUUUUUAAUAGGAACUUUCUGAAGAAAAGUGAUGUGUAAAACAUUUGAUAUUUAAACAAUAAAGUUUUUAUCAUAAGA